AUGUCUCAGAGUAAUAAAGAUCAUCAUGAUUAUGUACCUGAUUCAAAAUUUGAAAUGGUUGAUAUAGUAAAGAAACCUGAAAUUAAAAAUUCAGAGCAAGAUAAUAUAGUGGAGUUCUUCACCAGCUCAAAUACUGCGCAUUCCGCCAGUUCGAGUGAAUCAUAUAGUAGAUCUCCAGAUAAGCCUCUAUUUGGGAUUACAAAACCCCAUGUUAGAAAAUUUGUAGAUUCGUUUAGAAGGGCAGAAGACGAUGAAGAAACCGCAGAAGAUUUAGAAAAUGAGUUAGUUUCUACCUUGUCGCCAAGUAAAAGUAAACAGCUUCAUGGGCAAAAAAAUGGAGAUGAUGAUGCACACUUGCAAAAAUCUAUAAGACCUCGUCACGUUCUGAUGAUGUCAUUGGGUACUGGUAUCGGCACCGGCCUACUGGUUGGUAAUGGUUCUGCCUUGAGUAAAGCAGGCCCUGGUGCUCUGGUAAUAGGUUACGGUAUUAUGGGUUCUUGUCUUUAUUGCAUCAUCCAAGCAUGUGGUGAAAUGGCUGUUUGUUACAGUGGGUUGCCAGGUAAUUUCAAUGCAUAUCCAUCAUUUUUAGUUGAUGAAGGUAUGGCUUUCGGUGUCGCAUGGGUAUAUUGUUUACAAUGGUUAUGUGUUAUGCCAUUAGAAUUGGUCACUGCAUCAAUGACCAUUGACUAUUGGACAACAAAAGUGAACUCUGACGUAUUUGUGGUAAUUUUCUUCGUCCUUAUAACUUUGAUUAAUACAUUUGGUGCCAAAGGUUACGCUGAAGCAGAAUUUUUCUUCAAUUCAUGUAAAGUACUGAUGAUGGCAGGUUUUUUCAUAUUAGCGAUUGUUAUCAACACUGGUGGUGCAGGUAAUGAUGGUUAUAUUGGCGCCAAAUACUGGCAUAACCCAGGUGCAUUUAGAGGUGACAAAUCCAUUGAUCGUUUCAAGGACGUAAUGUCCACUUUCACGACAGCUGCAUUUGCCUUUGGUGCAUCAGAAUUCAUUGCCAUCGGUGCUAGUGAACAAUCCAACCCACGUCGUGCGAUUCCAUCUGCUGCCAAGACUAUGAUCUACAGAAUUUUAUUCAUUUUCUUAACCUCAAUUACUUUAGUCGGUUUCUUGGUUCCUUACGAUUCAACGGAACUAUUAGGAUCUGGUGGGUCAGCAUCAUCCCAAGCAUCCCCUUAUGUCAUUGCCGUUGCUUCUCACGGUGUCAGAGUCGUCCCACAUUUCAUCAACGCAGUCAUUUUAUUAUCGGUUCUAUCUGUUGCAAACUCUGCAUAUUACUCAAGUUGCCGUAUUCUGUAUUCAUUAGCUCAACAAGGAUACGCUCCAAAAUGGUUUGAAUACAUUGAUAGAGAAGGUAGACCGGCAAGAGCUAUGCUGGUGACCACAAUUUUUGGUGUUAUUGCAUUCUGUUCAUGCUCUGACAAAGAGGAAGACGUCUUUGCAUGGUUACUAUCUAUUGCAGGUUUAUCCCAACUAUUUACUUGGACCGCUAUCUGUCUUUCCCACAUAAGAUUUAGAAGAGCCAUGAAAGUACAAGGUAGAUCGGUAGAUGAAAUCGGUUUCAAAUCUCAAGUUGGUGUAUGGGGUUCAGGAUAUGCUGCCAUCAUGAUGAUACUAGCGUUAAUUGCAGAAUUCUGGGUUUCCAUUGCACCAAUUGGUGAAGAUCAUUUGGACGCUCAAAAUUUCUUCGAAAAUUAUUUGGCCAUGCCAAUUUUAAUUGUCCUCUAUUUCGGAUACAAGAUAUACAAGAAAGACUGGAAGCUAUUUAUUAGAGCUAAGGAUAUCGAUCUAAUAUCGCAUAGAACAAUUUUCGAUGGUGAAUUAGUGAGACAGGAAGAGGAAGAGUACAAAGAAAAACUAAGAAAUGGACCCAAAUGGAAAAGGGUAGUAGCAUUUUGGUGUUAA